AUGCGUUUCACCAGUUUGAUUGCCAGCGCCAGUAUCUUGGGUGCUGCUGUUUCCACUCCUAUUCACGGUCACAAGGACAACAAGAGAGAUGUUGAAUACGUUACCAACCGUAUCACCUCUACUGUUGUUGUCAACGGUAAUGCUCCAAUGACCUUGGCUGGUGCUUCCACCACCUUGGCUUUGGACUCUGACCACAUUCCAGCUGCUGCUACUGCUGCUGCUUCUCCAGUUUCUGACGUUACUAGAGAAAACGCUGCUCCAACUGAAGCUGUUUCCACCACUGCUGCAGCUCCAUCCACCACUGCUUCUUCUUCUGCUGCUGCUUCUUCCUCCUCUUCUUCAGCACCAUCCAGCUCCGACUUGGGUUCUGGUUUCCAAGGUAUCACCUACAGUCCAUACAGCUCUAACGGUGCUUGUAAGUCUGCUGAAGAAGUCGCCAGCGACAUUGCUGCUUUGUCCAGCUACGGUACCAUCAGAUUGUACGGUGUCGACUGUAACCAAGUCGAAAACGUCUUCAAGGCCAAGGCCAAGGACCAAAAGCUCUUCUUGGGUGUCUACUUCAUGGACCAAAUCGAAGCCGGUGUCAAGCAAAUCGCUGACGCUGUCUCUUCUUACGGUUCCUGGGACGAUGUCGUUGCUGUUUCCAUCGGUAACGAAUUGGUUAACUCUGGUGCUGCUUCCGUCGAAACUGUCGGUUCUUACAUCUCUACUGGUAGAUCCGCUUUGACCGGUGCUGGUUACAGUGGUCCAGUCGUUUCUGUCGAAACCUUCACUGCCCUAAUCAACAACCCAGGUUUGUGUGAAUACAACGACUUCGUCGCUGUCAACGCUCACGCUUACUUCGACCAAAACACCGCUGCUGAAGAUGCCGGUCCAUGGUUGAUGAACCAAAUCGAAAGAGUCUGGGGUGCUUGUAACGGUAACAAGAAGGUCACCAUCACCGAAUCCGGCUGGCCAUCUCAAGGUCAAACCUACGGUAAGGCCGUUCCAUCAAAGGAAAACCAACAAAAGGCUAUUGAAUCUAUUAAGCAAAGCUGUGGUUCUGCUACUAUCUUGUUCACUGCCUUCAACGACUACUGGAAGGCCGAUGGUCCAUGGGGUGUUGAAAAGUACUUUGGUGUCUUGUCCAACUAG